UCUCCUCUCCAGCUCUACUUCACAAUGUGGAUGCGUGACAUGAUUCAGGGAAUUGACUCAAAGAGUGUGCUGCUCUUUAUUUUUGUUCUUCUCCUCGUGAUGUACUGUCUGAAUAAAAACUGUCCACCUCACUUUCCUCCAGGACCACCGGCUCUCCCUUUUUUAGGAAAUGUCUUCAGCAUCGAUGCCAAACAACCUCACAUUUAUCUAACUAAGCUCGCUGACGUUUAUGGGAAUGUGUUUUGCAUCCAUCUGGGAAGAGACAAAACCGUGUUUGUGUCUGGGUACAAGAUGGUGAAGGAAGCCUUAGUGGUGCAGGCUGAGAACUUUGUGGACCGGCCGUCCAGCCCCAUGGUAACUAGACUUUACUCUGGAAACUCAGCUGGUCUUUUCUUCAGUAAUGGGAAGGUGUGGAGGACACAUCGACAAUUCGCCAUGGCAGCAGUACGCACGUUUGGUCUGGCCAAGAGCUCCAUGGAGCAGAACAUCUGUGAAGAAAGUCGACACCUGCAGGAGGCGAUGGAGAAGGCGAAAGGCGAGCUGUUUGACCCCGUACCGCUCUUAAACAAUGCCGUGGCCAACAUCAUCUGCCAGAUUGUGUUUGGGCGGCGCUUUGACUAUGAGCACCAUCGUUUCCAGGCCAUGCUGCAGAGUCUUAUUCAGAUGGCCUACCUAGAAGGCUCCAUAUGGGCUCUACUAUAUGAGGCAUUUCCUGUACCAAUGAAACUCCUGCCAGGGCCUCACAACGCCAUCUUCAGCCAUUGCCAGACCUUACAGGCAUUCAUUAGAGACGAGAUUGACACACACAAAUUGGACCUGGAUCUAGACAAUCCACGAGAUUACAUUGACUCCUUCCUCAUGAAGCAAAAAUACAACAGAAACCCUGAGCUGGGAUUUGAUGACUCCAACCUGGUUCUGUGUUGUUUGGAUCUGCUGUUGGCUGGAAGUGAAACCACAUCAAAGACCCUGCAGUGGGGCCUCCUCUACCUCAUCAAGUACCCUCACAUCCAGGGGAAAGUCCAGACAGAGAUAGACAGAGUGAUUGGACAGAACCGCCAGCCCACAAUGGCAGACAAACCCAGCCUGCCUUACACCAACGCCGUCAUCCAUGAAAUCCAGAGGAUGGGGAAUGUUGUACCUCUAAACGGACUCAGAGUGGCCACCAAAGACACAACUCUGGGAAAAUGUAUCAUACCCAAGGGAACAUCUGUGAUGCCCAACCUGACCUCUGUGUUGUUUGACAAAAACGAAUGGGAGACGCCACAUAGUUUCAAUCCAGGACAUUUUCUUGAUGAAGAAGGAAACUUUGUGAAGAGAGAUGCAUUUUUACCUUUCUCGGCAGGAAGGCGUGCCUGUCUUGGUGAAAGCCUGGCCAGAAUGGAGCUGUUCCUGUUUUUUGUUAGUUUGCUACAGAAGUUUUCUUUUUCCACCCUGGCUGGAGAUCAGCUGCGUACAGACGGAAUCAUCGGAGCAACACGUGCACCUCAUCCCUACAAGAUCUUUGCUGAGACACGCUGAAACACUAAACAAUCCAGACAGACUUUACACACAAUCACGUCUAUCACGGUGCCACUGUAACUACUUCUCAGUCCAUUCUAACUAACCCUACAAGGUCCAUCAAACCAGUUGCCUCUUUCCACGUCAUAACACUGUUGGUUUGGUAG